CCCCAUACCCUCCAUUUUCUUAGCUAAGACUAUAACCUCCGUCUUCCCCUCUCUCUCUCCUCUUCUCUGUAAUUCUUCCAAUGUCGUUAUGCUGUUUGUCAAUUUGUUUCUAUCGGUUUUGAAACUUUGAAACCUAAUUCGACCCUUUCUUAUGUUGGUGCAUUGGCCUCUCCACUCACACGUAAUUUCAUCGACUACUCCCCACCACAAUAACCAGAGGGUGUGGAGGAGCAAUAUGCACGUCGAUUGACCCAUAUAUCCAUCUUUCAUCUUUCCCUCACAGAUUAAUCAAUCGAGCUUGAACUCUUCCUCGUCGCCUCUCUCCUACCCUUUUUGUAGAAAUUAACAAUUCCAAGAUGUUGCACCAGGUGAUUCAGCAGCAGCAAGAACAGGAUGAAAUUUCAAGCCAGAUUAGUGCUCAAAUUUUCGAAUUCUGUGAUCCUGAACUAUUCCAAGAGACCCUGCAGAAUUCUGAGGUCACUUCUUCUUCAAAUUGCUGCUAUGAUGAAAACUCCUCUUAUGCAACAAAUCUUUCGCUGCCCCUGGAUUUAGAAACUAAAUUCAGUACCUACCAGGAUAACAAUGGCAACACUGACACAACCAUUGCUCCAACCCCCACAACAACUAGUACCACCACCACUAGCAGCACAAACACCACCACCGCCAGCACCAACACCACCAAUAUCAACGCCACUACCGCCACCACCAACAACAACAAUAGUGGCAAUCUUUCCAUAAUCUUUGAUUCCCAAGAAGAAAUCGACAAUGACAUCUCAGCCUCCAUCGAUUUUUCCCCAUCCCCUCCCUUUUCCGUACCUCCAUUUCUCAUGACCCAACAAGACCAAUUUGAUUUCACUUCAGUGCCAACUCAAAUCCCACUAGCAGAUUCUGUUGUUGAGGGAUUUUCACAGUAUCCUGCUGACCCUGUACCGCCUCUCAUGUCGGCUCCUUUGUCAUCAGUUUUCGAAGAGGAUUGCUUGUCCUCAGUGCCUUCGUAUGUGCCUUUGAACCCCUCUUCUCCUUCUUGUUCUUUUCUUGGUCCUACCAUGGGAGCAUACAUGCCUGCUGGGACUAUGAAUGCUGCAGCAUUAUCUGCUGACAGCACUGGAAUUUUCACCAGCAGUAUCCUCAUGGCUUCUGAACUGCAACCACAAGAUUUGGAAUACCAAGGAGAUAAUGGUGGAAUUUUCUGUCCAGAAUCAUUACCGAGGGGUUUUAACCCUGAAGACCUUCAGAUGCUUGGUGCUGAGAGCCAACAACUGGUGAGUGGGGCUGGGAACUCUACUUCUUUACCAACUGAGAUUCCCAUGGCAGAAGACCCAAAUUUUAAAGUAGGGAAGCUAUCUGUUGAGGAAAGGAAAGAGAAGAUACAUAGGUACAUGAAGAAAAGGAAUGAAAGGAAUUUCACAAAGAAAAUCAAGUAUGCCUGCCGCAAAACUCUUGCGGACAGCAGACCUCGAGUUAGAGGAAGAUUUGCGAAGAAUGAUGAUUUUGGAGAGAAUCAUAGACCUUCUGGUAGCAACCAUGAAGACGAUGAAGACGAUGAAGUAGUUGUGAAAGAGGAAGAGGAUAUGGUUGAUUCCUCGGACAUCUUCGCUCAUAUCAGUGGAGUGAACUCCUUCAAAUGCAGCUAUCCCAUCCAAUCCUGGAUUUGAGUAGUAGGGUAUAUAUAUUGGCACUAGACUAAUCUACCAAUUUUGCAGGACCCUGUUUCCACCAGGAUUUAAUGUAUCCUGGUUUAAUAAUAAAAAACCAAAAAUGAAUAAUUGGGUCGUUAUAUUAUUCAUAUAAAUAAGUGAGUCAGGACUGUAUAGAACGUGGGUAACGAUGUAAGUUUCUUUCGAUACUAUUUCUUGUGCAACUUCAGACCCAUAAGGUGUACAAUUGUACGGUGUUUUACAUGAAUACUAGUGGAAAUAUUAUGUCGCUUCUUCUUAAA